AUGAGUCGAUUAGUGGUCUCUAUCGGUCACGUCGAGUUCACAGGAGACAGUCAAGUACUUUAUGUUAUUAAAGUACAACAAGAUAUUGACGAGUGGGAGGUACAUCGCACGUAUUCGGACUUUCGCAAAUUACGGGACGAUGUACACCAUGUGAUGAAGGACACCCAUGCCUAUAUGCGGGACGAUACGUGCUCCCGGGACUUUACACGGGAGCUACAGGACAUGAAGUUUCCAGCCAAGCGGCUUUUUGGUAGUAAAAAGGAUCAUGUCGUCAAGGAACGGGCUGAAGAGCUGCAUCGCUUCCUUAUUAAACUGCUUUUUCUUACGCACACGUACCGCAAAGCACAAAAGACACGGUACGAUCAAUACAAGCAGGGCUUACCGGACUAUGAACAGACAAGUGUUGCAACACUGCAGAACCGCACACAAGCCAGUGUCAUAGUGUUUUACUUACUGCGAGACUUUUUAAAACCCGCUGGGGUUAAGACAGACAUGUCGUCGCAGUCGGGAGAAUUGUUGAGUUCCUCUGGACAUGGAAUUAUUUCAGAGGCAGCAGAUGGAAAGAACGGGAAAUCAUCGAAUAGGUUGAUUCGAGAGAGUAAAAUCUUGGCCAUGACCAGCUUUAAUACGAGCGAACUCAAGAAUCUGAUGUCUCGAGAAGGAAAAAAGAUGCGGCAGCAUAAACACAGAGACCUACAGGUGGAAGAGUUACGGAAAGACCAGCACAAGUACCAGCACGAACAGCGGCAGAGUCCCAUGGUACUGCCAAAGGAACUCAAGAAUGAAGCGACUAACUCUACUAACGACAACUGUGGCUCAACGCGUCGUAAGGAAUGCGACAUUCGUAGAAACACCUCGAAGACAAUGAUGGAAACGUCCGGGCAUUCACGGUCUGAAGCCAGCACGCUUUGUGAACCGCACAUGCACAAACAUCAGUUCUUGGUAAAUGAGCACCGGAAACAACGAAAUUACUCGACGCCGGAUGGCAAUGCAGCGGAUUGGAAGCACCGCUCGGCGCGCGCCAGUCCAUCUAUAUCGACGUCCAGUGCUGUAGGUUUGUCUCCACGUGAGGACUCGUUAACGGAAAUGGAGAAGAUGAGUGCGUCUUCGUCUGUGCCAUCAUCGGCGUCGUCUGCAACAUCUGCAGAUGAAGUGAAGCUUUUGGAUUUGUCUUCGAUGUCCCAGUGUAAAAGGAAAAAGAGCUCGCGAGGAGACAGCAACAAGAUACAUUCGUCUGAAAAAACUUGGAGCAAGGAAUCGACUUCGACGGCACGUAGUAAGGAACAAAAGAGUUCCUCACGCACAAAGAGGAAAGGAUUGCCCGCAAAGAACAUGCUUAUGAGUGAAUCGGAAACGAUGUCUCGUGUUAGCUCAGUUUUGAAUGCUCAGGCCAUCUCAAUCGAUGCACAGCGGGAACUAGAGAGAUAUCUGUCCGAGUACAGCGCCAUUAUGAUAUUGCGCUACGUCGACCGGUUUGUCAACAAAGCUGUGAUGAAAGCGCCGGGUUGCUAUCACGUAAAUGCACAGGACUGGCUAGUCAUCGACGGAAAGCGUUUUCUUGAAGAGCUAGAAUUAACUUUCACAGACUUACCAAACAACUUUGGUGAGCUUUUCCACAUUGGUGCACUAGGCGACCACGACGAAUGGGGCUUGCCUUUGGCGCUCAACAAGUAUGUGCAGUUGAAGUGGGAAUCGUUCCAGACAAUGAUCAGCAACAGCAUCAGCCCCGAUCAUGGACACAGCAGUGCUGCUGAUCUAACAUCUGACUCGGAUGAUUCGGACUCGGAUUACGACUACGAGGAGGUCGGCGGUGGUGGCUACAUGAAGGCAAAGCAAACGUUUUCGAACGAUGAAGAGUCGAUGCUGCAGGAGAUGAUUGCCAACGGCACGGCAGGACGUGAGCAGAUGCUUCGGCUACGACGUCACAUGAACGAGCAGGGUUGGAAUCGGCGCGAAAACCCCGGGUCUCGAUCUCAACGCCUGAUCGAGGAGACAUCUGACACGGACAAAGAAGACACCAUAGCCCAACGGCGAGAAAAGCGUAGCUCGAAACGGUAUGACCCGAAGAGGGUAUCUUGUGACGUGGAAAAGUACCAGCAGAUGCAAAAUUCACGACGUAAAGACCGUCUCAGUCGAGUGCAGAGUAUUGGUGGCUUCGUGUAA